AUGCAGCUUCCGCAGCGCAUACUCUCCCUCCUGCUAUCUGCCUGCCUUCUUCUCUGUCUUUGCCCCGGCAUCAAGGCCUUCGCAGUUCCAUGGGCUUCGAACCACAACCCCCAACCCGCCGAGCAGGAGCAUAAACCGUCUACCGUCUUCCCACAAUUGACAUGGCUUCGGGACACGGCGAUAGAGAAAGUGUUUGGUCUCCCCCCGAAGGCUACCCAAAAGAAGGGUUGCCAUAAAUCAAGCUUGGUGUCGGGUCUCUCGACUUCGCAAUUGCCCGCGACUUUAUUAACAAAAUAUGGAGGAGAUGUGGUCCUGCGAUUCAAUUUGACCACGCCAGCCGAGGAGACCGCACUUGCAGAGGCGGCGGAUACCCUUUUCUUGGAUGUUUGGGAGUUCACCGGCAACUGGGCUGAUAUUCGUCUUAGGAAAGAUGAUGUGCCAUCUCUCCUUGGCUUGCUACCGAAAUCCUUACAAAAUGCAUACUCUCCAUUAAUGCCUGAUCUGGCAAAGUCCAUUUACGAAUCCUACCCUUCCAUGGCGCAGACUGAGCCUGCGUUUCCUCCCACUUCCCCUGGAGGUCGAGCAUUUACACCCGCCUUAAAAACGUCGGAUGGAGUCGAAAAUAUGUUCUUCCGCGACUAUCAGCCUCUGUCUGUCAUGCUGCCAUGGAUGCGCCUAAUGGCGUCGAUGUUUACAACUCAUGUUCGAAUGAUCAAUAUCGGGACUUCUUACGAGGGACGGGACAUUCCAGCACUCCGAGUUGGCGUUACUCCAGCUCUCCCACAAAACAACCCGGAACCAAGAAAGACGAUUAUCAUAUCCGGCGGUUUUCACGCUCGUGAGUGGAUCUCAGUGAGCACCGUAACAUACGUUGCUUGGUCGCUCAUAACCUCAUAUGGGAAAUCCCCCGCCAUGACAAAGCUCCUGGAAGAGUUUGACUUUGUAUUCAUCCCUACGGUAAACCCGGAUGGAUAUGUCUAUACAUGGGAAAACGACCGGUUAUGGCGUAAGAACCGUCAGCAAACAAGCCUAAGAUUCUGUCGAGGUCUAGAUCUCGACCGAGGAUUUGGCUAUGAAUGGGACGGCAACUCACCGCCCAGUAACCCCUGUUCAGAAAGCUAUUCAGGAGAAGCGCCAUUUCAAGCCGUGGAAUCACGUAGACUCGCCGAAUGGGCCAAGAAUGAGACGCAGAACAACGGUAUCCGUUUUGUCGGCUUCCUUGAUAUGCAUUCAUACUCUCAACAAGUCCUAUAUCCUUACUCAUACUCGUGCAACGCCGAGCCACCAAGCCUGGAAAAUCUCGAAGAACUGGGCAUGGGCCUCUCGAAAGCGAUCAGAAUUUCCAGCGGGCAGUUGUAUGGCGUAGCAUCAGCCUGCGAAGGGGCGGUCCCACCUGUCGCUGGCAAAGGUCGAGCAUCCCGCAUGGAAACUGGAGCUGGCAGCGCCAUUGAUUGGUUCUAUCACGAAGUCGGCGUCCGCUAUAGCUAUCAGAUCAAACUACGUGAUACAGGUAGCUACGGCUUCUUACUGCCCAAGGAAAAUAUCAUUCCUACAGGAGAGGAAACCUUUAUGGCCGUGAAAUAUUUCGGUGACUUUUUGCUAGGGAAUAAGGGGAUUGAAGCUGAUGAGGUUGGUAAAAUGGAGACCUUGCGGGAGAAGCACAGUGCCGAAGGGCUUGUAGGGGAUGAGGAGGAGCUCGAUGAGGAGUUCCGUGAGCUCCGGUGGGAUCUUAAAAGGAGGAGGUAG